GCAGAACGCAAACGCUGGCCUACAGGAGAGACGCCAUCACUCAUCUGCAGCGUCAGAGAAGAGAGGAGAGGAGGAGGAGCACCCGAACCACCCACCAGGAGGAGGUUUCUCCCAGACAGACGCUGACUUACUCCAGCUCACAGACAACGGGAAAACCAGCAAAACUCAGCAGGAGAUCCCUCCACGCUGAUCCCAGAGGAGCUGGCUCACAGAGGUGCAUCAUGGGAACUUCUUAGACCUGUAACCACCUGAGCACCGUCCACACACACAGCAUGCUGGCCAGGUUAUCCCAAAGGAAGAGCGCUCCAGGAGGAGCCAGAGGGCUGUUGCUGCUCCCUCUGCUCCUCACAAUGAUGAUGAUGGUGAUGAUGGGGAAGGCUGCCAGCGUUGAUGAGGUGGAGAGCGAGGAGAGUCAGGAGAUCCUGGAGGACGAGGAGGCCGUCAGUGGAGAGCUGCAGGAGCCGACCUCCUCUGAGCCGGGCAGAGUGUCUCCUCAUAGCUCCUGGCUCAUCUUCAGAAGGAACUCCAACAGAGGGGACAACCGCAGAAGCAAAGGGCCCCGGAGAACCUCCAAGCACGGUCUUCCAGGACCUCCAGGCCCUCCAGGACCUCAGGGGCCUCCUGGUCCACCUGCAGCCCUCCUGCCCCAACAGCAGGAGCUGAUCCAGGAGCUGAAGGUGAAGCUAAAAGACAUGGCCGGAGGCGUACGUUUGCAGUGUGAUCAUCCUCCUCGCGUCUCCACCUCCUUCCUCAGUCGCCUCCUACAGUCCAUCACUAUCCCACGCCGCAGCCUGCUGGAGCUGCAGCCGUUUAGCAAGCCCUCAGACUCUGAGCAGAGCCUCCAGAGGGGGCGGAGCUUCAACAGCAGCACUGGCCGGUACACAGCGCCCGUCUCUGGCUUCUACCAGCUCACUGCCAGCCUCCUCAUUGAGUCUGGUGACAGAGUGCAGGUGCGACUCAGAGACAGCGUGAAAGCAGCCAUCUGCAUCGAGUCGCUCUGCCAGAGCAACCUCUCUGUGGAGUCGGUGAUGGGCGUGGCAGCUGCCGGGGGAACGUUCAGCAUGUUGCUGACAGGAACGCUGUACCUGCAGGCAGGAGAGUACGUGUCGGUGUUUGUGGAUAACGCCACGGGCUCGGCCAUCAGCAUCCUCCAGGACUCUCUGUUCUCUGGAAUCCUGCUGGGAAUCUGAGUCACAUGACCGCUGCCAUCAGCAGACAGACACUUUGUUCCUCUGUGAGGUUCACCUGUGCAUCAUCAUCGUCGUCUUCACCCUUUUACCUGAAUGGGAGCGCUGCUGUUUUGUGGACCUCCACCUGCUCCAGCUUCAUAAAGAGUGAAAACCUUCCUGCAUCCACUGAUGGAGCGACCACAGUCGGACUCACACACAACUGGAAACCUUCAAACAAACAAAGCUUUGAGUCAUUUCAGUGAGAACUUUGCUGAAGUCAGACAUUUUCUUCAAUGAAAUUUUUUCGGUUUUUGCCUCGGGUCAGUCAUGUGACUACCAUCAACAAUCCAGAGGAGCCCUCUCUGUCCUCUGUGGCGUCUCCAUCCCAGUGACAGCUAAACCUGCUCUGCAUCUUCACUGUUGGCUUAAAGACAAAAAUGACAAAAACAAAUGUACCUGUGCACCUGCAAGCUGCUUUGCAACCCACCUCCACCAUAGCUCCUCCUUGUUUUUGUAGGGAGCUUCGACUGCUCUCAGAGGUCCCAGAACUCAGCCAGACAUGCAAAUAGAAAUGAAAGCAGAUGGAAAUAAUCUUCUUACUACAGUGAUGAGAAUAUUAACCCACUACUAGUGCCCGCUUUAAGGUAAACAUGUCCACCAAGGAGCAAAUGGCAGACACAAUGUGAUGAUUUAGACACGAGUCUAACGGCUCCAUCAAAGAGAGAAUGACUGCAGCGCUGCCGGUUUCACAGGCGGCGCCUUCGUACUGAGGGGGUCGAAGGUCAGAUCUGCUCAUGUAUAACUCAUAUGUAUGUGCUGCUGUGGCCUUCAGGCCCUGCAGCACGUCUGUGUCUGCAGGACUGCGUUUAAAGAAAGCAGCAUUGUGUGUGGAAAAGAGCACAUUUCUAAAAUGAAAGCGUCACAGUAAACGGAGUGUUUCCAGUGUUUCCACCCUCGCUGACACAGAGGAGCCUGUGCUCAGCUGGCUCGGCCUCAGUUUUCCAUCCACGCUGCAGCGCUGGCGUUCGCUGACGUUCGCUGACGUUCGCUUCAGGUCAUCGCCUGCUGGUCAUCAAAGGAACUGCAGCUGUGACGGCCACUCGCCAGCCGAUAUUUGGAACACUGAUGAUGAUUAUAGCAUAUUAAGUCACCUGAUGACAAACUUGUGGCAGUGUUUAUCUGUACAGGCCCACUCCAUUAUUGGUUUUCACUUUCAUUUGAUAUUUAUUCUCUCAGUGAAAUGUGGUAAUAAAAGCUUUCUCCACUGCUGUCAGCA